CAGUGAAUGGCCGCUACGGAUCAGCUGUUCGAGCAGAGAUUAUCCGAUUCCGUUUUAAUUGCCGGUCGCAUGUAAUUAACUCGAAUUGCUAUACAAUUUGGGCAUGUACAACUCGGCCAAGCAAUUGCAGCGCGUGCUGACGGCGCGCGAGAUUCGAAAAACAUUCAUAGACUUCUUCACCGUCAGCCAUGAGCACAAGUUUGUGCGCUCCAGCCCCGUGGUGCCCUUCUGUGAUCCCACGGUGGCAUUUGUCAACGCUGGCAUGAAUCAGUUCAAGUCUGUGUUUCUUGGCACAGCGCAGGCCCCCCACAAGCGGGUGGUGAACUCGCAGAAAUGCGUGCGGGUGGGCGGAAAACACAACGAUCUGUCGGUGGUGGGCCAGGAUGGCUAUCACCACACUUUCUUCGAGAUGCUGGGCAACUGGUCGUUUGGGGACUACUUCAAGCGGGAGGCCUGUGCCAUGGCUCUCGAGCUGCUCCGUGGGCCCUACAACAUUGAUCCUGCACGCUUGUAUGUCACCUACUUUGCUGGCGACGAGCGCCUGGGCAUACCCGCGGACACGGAAUGCUUCGAGAUAUGGCGCAGCCUGGGCUUCCCCGCUUCGCGCAUUCUGCCCUUUGGCUGCACAGACAACUUCUGGGAAAUGGGCGCCACUGGACCGUGCGGCCCCUGCACCGAAAUACACAUCGACCAUCGGCCGGAGCUGGGCAGCGUGGAGGAGCGCGGCAAGCUGGUGAAUGCCGGUCGCUCGGAUCUCACGGAGCUGUGGAAUCUCGUCUUUAUACAGUACAAUCGCAAUGCCGAUGGCAGCAUCUCGCAGCUGCCAGCUCACCAUGUGGACACGGGCAUGGGCUUUGAGCGUCUGGCAGCCACUCUGCAGAGCAAAUCCUCCAACUACGACACGGAUGUGUUCACGCCGCUCUUCGACGGCAUCCAGCAGCUGUCUAAGGCUCCGGUCUACGGCGGCAGCUUCCCAGAAACCUCAAAUGCAGCGCUCCUGGACACAAGCUACAGAAUACUUGCCGAUCAUGCGCGCAUGGUCACCGCCUGCCUAGCCGAUGGAAUGCUGCCAGAUCAGAACCAGAAGCUGCGUCGCGUCUUGCGGAAAGCGCUCAACAUUUCGGAGCAUGUGUUUGCCCACGAGAAGUUGCUCUCCCAGCUGGUGCCCAUUGUGGUGGAGACCCUGGGUGAGGCGUACCCGGAGAUGUCUGCCAAGCAGGAGGCAGUCAUCGAUCUGAUCAACCACGAGCAGGAUGUGUACAAGAAUCUGCGCGAGAGCUCCUCGAAAGCCUUUGCCGAAGUGCUGACGGAGUUCCCCAACCUGGACGACAUUGACCUGAUGGAGUGCCCGGGCUUUGUGCCCGCCUAUCGGGAGUUCCAGGUGCAGCGCUGCAAGUUCCCCAACAACACGAUACCCGGCGACUUCCUCUACAAGCUGACGGACACCUACGGCCUCACCGAGGAGAGUUUCCUCAAGCUGGCCGAGCUGGAGAACAUGAACUGUGAUCUGGACCGCUAUCGGGCGGAGGUGUCGCUGGCCAAGAGCAAGUCCAAGGAGAGUCAGCGCGAGGACGGAGGCCUGUGCGAUGUGGCGCUGGAGCAGCGCAUUGCCGAGGCUCAGGCGAAGCUCACAAAGCGACUGCCGGCCACCGACAACAGUCACAAAUACGUUUACUCCUUUGACAGCGAGAAUGAGUCCUACAGGAUCCCCACUCUGCGCAGUCGAGUGCUGGGCCUGCUCCUCAACGAUGCGGAAGUUUCGCGCACUCAAAGCAGCCGCCUGCAGGACCCCACCGACACGCUUACCAUUGUCACCGCCGCCAGCAACUUCUACUACGAGUCGGGCGGACAGCAGUCCGAUGCUGGCCACAUUCUUGUCAGCAGCACGCACAAGCCAGAGCAGCCGCCGCAUCUGCUGAAUGUGAUCCGUGUGAAGCAGCUCAACGAUUGCGUGCUUCAUGUCUGCCGCCUGGCCGCACCCACAGACGACUUUGAGCUGUCCAUUGGCGACGAGGUUGAGCUGCAAGUCGAUGCCAGCACGAGGCAGCUGAACACUUGCCAUCACACGGCCACCCACCUGCUGAACGCUGCCAUUCGAUCGCUGUUCAACAAGGUCACGUACCAAGUCUCCAGCUCCGUCAGCAGCGAGCAGUGCAAGCUGGAGCUGGGACUGCUGGGCAAGCGCAUACAAAAAUCAGAUGUGCAGCUCAUCGAGGAUUUGAUUAAUCGCAUAAUCUGCGCUGCCACGCCCGUCCAAGUGGAGCUGCUGAGUGCCGCCGAUGUGCUGCAGCAGAAUGAUAUAACGAUGGUGCCCGGGGAGGUUUACCCGGAGCAGGGACUGCGGCUGAUCAACGUGCAAUGCCCGGAGAUGCAGCUGAGCUCCAAGGAGCUGUGCUGUGGCACUCAUGUGACCAACACCAGCGAGCUCUCCUGCUUCUGCAUUGUCAAUCUAAAGCAGACGAACAGAGCGCGCUUUGCCUUCACCGCUGUGGCUGGCCAGGCGGCGGAGAAUGUGCUCAAAACCGCUGCCUUGCUGCGCCAUCGCGUGGAUCUCCUCGAGCAGCAGCUGCAGCCAGACAAGCUCACAAAUGCCACCGAAGUGGAGUUGCAGACCAUCCGCCACAACAUGCUGCACACGGACAUCAAGCUGCCAUACGCCUUCAAGAUGGACACGCUGGAACGCAUCCACGACAUGCUGAAGCGGAUCAAGGAGACAUCCCGCACAACCCUCAAGGAAUUCGUGGAGGUGGAGAUGCGCAACCUGCUGCAGGAGAAGCCCGUGGACAGCCAUCCCUUCAUUUUGCACUACAUCUCCAGCUCCGCUCUGGUGGAGGAGAUCCCGCUGCAGCGUGCCACCAAACUCUGUUCGGAUCGUCCCAUCCUGGUGGUCAGCAUGUGCGACAGCGUCGUGAAGGCUCGCUGCUGUGUGCCGCAGAGCAGCGUCAGCCAGCAGUUCGAUGCAGCCUCGUGGCUGCAGUCCUUUGCCGACACAUUCGGGGGUCAGGUGGCCGCGCCCAAGGGCCAGAACCCGCAGUUCGUGUGCAACAUGAAGGGCCGCAAGGUAAGCAAUCUCUUUGAGGAGCAGUUGGAGCAGGCCCUGGCCAAGGCCCAUCAGUAUGCCAAGAAUUAUUUCAAGUUGUGAUUAUUCUCCCCCAAAGCGCAGGCUCAAAGUUUGCUCUUGCGAGAGGAGAAGUUUUAUUUUGUAAAGAGCGAAUAAAUCGCAAACUUCAAACCGUAA